AUGACCGUGCUGUUCCUUUUACUUCUUCUGGGGUUGGUGGUACCCCUAUCGAUGAGCACAAACCAGUAUAGCAUCAAACACACAGGAGAGUUAGUGCUAACAAAUCAGAUGAACAGUUUAGUGAACGUAAGAGUGGUCCCAAAUGAAAAAACAUUUAAUUUAGAAGUAAAUAAGGUGAUAAAUUUCCCAGUGCAUUGUAUCCCCCAUAGUGCAGUGGACUACAAUGUAGAAAGGAAGAAAAAACCAAUUUAUUUUGUCAAACAUGAAUUCAAGAAUUCGAUACAUCUAUACAAAAACAAUGUGAAUAUCAUGGCGUUAAAUUUUCCGGACAGGUUCUACAUAGUUGGCAUAGCUGCAAAUAAUGGGUUCAUGCUAAUGGUGACCGAUGUAGACAUUUACAAAAUCGAUUUGAAGAAGAAGAACAUAUCCCCCUUAAAUGUGAUCGCACAUAAACAUGGCAACAUAAUGAAAAAUAAAGAAAUGUUCUUCACAGGUGUUAUUGCUGACUCACUGGAGAAUCACUUCUUCGUCAUCUGUGCAAUUAAGCAGAACUAUUAUAUCCUCCAUAUGAAGUACAACGAGCAGAAUGAUUCCAUAGAGCUUAUUAACGUAAUCGACACAGUUAAUGGGAAGCAUAUAAGAGUGCUGAACGGAUUAGCCGUCGUGGAUGAUCGUCUGUUCAUCACAGAGAACGCAGAGAAUAUCUUCAGAUUGACACUAAACAGGGAUAAGAACUCUGUACAAGCUAAGAAGUUGCAUACCUUUUCGAAUGGAGACAAGAUAAUCGGUCUGAGUGUUAAUGUGAUGCCUGAUCAGGAAGAUACAAACAGCACGAAGGAUUACCUCAUUGUGAAUGUAAAACAUGUGACGAAUGAUAAACCGUCAUCAGAAGGGAAACUUUACCUUAUGAGCAUAAAGAAGGACGAUUCGGUUGAUCUCUACACUGUUUUGGACCUUUAUAGCAAAGAUUUAAAUUCCCUAUAUUUCACCAUUUAUGAUGCUCAUCUGGUAAGUGAGGAAGAUGAAUACGAAAAGGGGACUCUCGCAAAGGAAAUUAACUAUAAGAAAGCGAAAUUCUUAAAUUUGGAUAGUGCCACUAUGUGUUAUGCUACCACUGAUAGUGAAGCGGAGAAGGCGGAGAAGAAACGAAGAGAAGAGGACGCCAAGUAUAGGCUAACAAUCUUGUGGACGAAUAACUACAACUGUACUGUUAACAAAGGAAUAAUCGAUUUGAGGAAUGUAAAAGAAGGCACCGCGAAGGAGGUUAAAAUGCCAUUUGUCAGUGUUACAAACCAGUACGCAUUCGCUCCCCAUGUUACUUCGGUAAGUAGUUGCUCGGGAAAGGAAAAGCUCUUUAAGGACAUGUGUUACUACGAUGCAGUGAAUAACUACGUUAGUGUCCUCAACAAAUCAGACGAAUACAAUGAACAUUACGCGGCCAACUUCCUCUUUGAUGGGCUCAAAGAUUUUAUCGCAUUCGAUUAUAAAUCUCAUAUGGAUGUCCACGUCUUGACUUACCCCCUCAAUAACACCGUCUACGUGCAUGUGGAAAAAACGAACCUGAUUAUAAACCUUCCAAAGCCUUUCGGAUUAUCCAUAGAUAUCUACAACAGUACGGAGAAUAACGUCAUUGUAUACAUUACAGGAAAUGAUGAUGCGCAGAAUUACGUGAAUAGGUGUGUUAUUAAGAAAGAGGAGGAGUCCUAUGAGUGCUACAAUGUGUACAGAAAAAAGAACGAGUCCAAUGAGUACUUCCAACACAUAUCAUUUAUAACGUUUGAGGAGAGUAGCGGUAACAGACACAGCUAUAUCUACGUGACGAAUAAUAAGACACAUAUUUAUAAACUGACAAAGCAGAAUGAGACGUGGGUAUUUGAAGAAUGGCUCAACUUGGAUGAUCCAAAGCAGCGGAUUGGUCCAAUAACAACCUCUGUGAAUUAUUUUUUUGCUAAGAAGAACGUCCUUGAUAACUUCUUGCGCAAGUAUCCUCAGUCGAAGCUGUUCGCCAAAUUCCAAAAUCUCAAGGAGGACGAUUUGCACACCACGGAGGACGGCUACAUUUUCCUCACCACGUUCUACACGAUCAUCUUCGUGUCUAAUAAUGAUUCGUACGGCCAGGACAGUGGUUCCAGCAUCCACUUUUACACGUCCAUACAGAAGGAGAAGUACUACCAAUCCUUCGCUGUGGACAGCAUCGUCUUCAACAUAGAAAACAGCUCCAAGUUCACUUACUACCUGGAUGAGUGA